CAUGGAGAUGCCUUGCCCACAUAGGAGGAGCAAAGCAUGGGGCCAUGGGGCGGGAGCAUUGCAAGCUGCAAGGGUGGAAAAAUUACUUGUGCAAUACUUUUUGCCCUGGGUGGAGAUCAUUUGCCAGUUUCGGGGCUUGUUUGCUUAAGACAGUGACAGAGGGCAAAACAUGGAUAAAGAAAAUUGCAUCAAAGAAACCGUUCUUAUCACAGGAGGAGGUGGUUACUUUGGAUUCCGUCUAGGUUGUGCCCUUUCCAAGAAAGAUGUGGAUGUGAUUCUGUUUGAUGUCUCAGCACCCAUCCAACAGAUUCCCACAGGAGUGAGAUUCAUGCAAGGUGACGUUCGCGUCACAUCAGAAGUAGAAGAGGCUCUCCGAGGGGUGACCUUCGUCUUCCACAUUGCAUCUUACGGGAUGUCUGGCCGAGAGCAGCUCAACCGGAAACGUAUAGAAGAUGUGAAUGUGAAAGGAACCGAAAAUGUCAUCCAGGCUUGCCUGAAGAUGGGAGUCUCACGGCUUGUUUACACCAGCACAUACAAUGUGGUCUUUGGAGGCCAGGUCAUAGAAAAUGGGGAUGAGUCUUUGCCAUAUUUGCCUCUCCAUCUCCACCCUGACCAUUAUUCCAGAACCAAAGCCUUGGCUGAGAUGAAAGUUCUGGAAGCGAAUGGGAUGCAACUUGGGAAAGGUCAAGGAGUCCUGAGAACAUGUGCCUUAAGGCCUGCUGGUAUCUAUGGACCUGGAGAACAGAGACAUCUUCCCAGGAUUGUUAGCUACAUUGAACGGGGAUGGUUUCGGUUUGUGUACGGAGAUCCUGGCAGUCGGGUAGACUUUGUGCAUGUAGAUAACCUGGUACAGGCUCACGUUUUAGCUGCAGAAGCUCUAGGAACCAGCAAGGACCAUCAAGCAGCUGGUCAGGCCUACUUCAUUUCUGAUGGUAGGCCAGUCAACAACUUUGAUUUUUUUCGGCCUUUGGUGGAAGGCUUGGGCUACACAUUCCCCUCUCUCCGCCUCCCUCUUUCACUGAUUUACUUCUUUGCAUUUCUUACCGAAAUGGUUCAUUUCAUAGUGGGGCGUUUGUAUAACUUCCAGCCCCUCCUCACUCGCACGGAGGUUUACAAGACUGGUGUGACCCAUUACUUCAGCUUGGAAAAAGCCAAGAGGGAGCUGGGAUAUGAACCCCAGAGGUACAACCUCGACGAAGUGGUUGAGUGGUUCAAAUCUCACGGCCACGGACAGAAGAUGACUGGGUACACUGCAAAAUGUUUCUUUAGGGAUGCAGCACUGAUACUGUUAUUUGCGGUGGUGGUUCUUUCAUGGUUCCCAAGUGCAGUGAGAGCCUCUAACAGGAUGCCUAGAUACUAACAUCACAGACUUUGUUGGGUCUUUCUGAUGGUGCUAAAAUAAAAAUAUAACAGCUAUGCAUCCUCUUUUACCCCUGAAAGCAGGCAGUGAGGGUUUGUCCUGUUAUGCUGACCUUACAUCCUCCAUCUUUCCAGAAUCCUCUGCAAAAAGAAACUGGAAGAAAUGUCUAACAGGCUGAGUGAUGGCUUGUUCUCUUUUUGUUCCCCAAUGCUUGUUCAGGACCAUUUGUAAACUUUUGGGACCAGUACCAGUGCCUCUGGUAGUGGAUUUAGGUGCUAUUACAGAUGGACAAAUAGUGGAUUGUUUAAUUUUUUAUUAAUCUUACCCAUGGUUCAGUUUGAACAUAACAAUAUGGAGAGGAAUGCUUGAAUUCCUUUGUAACAAGUUUUGAACCAACUCUACUGAGUGAGAUCAGAGGUGAACACAGCCUACAGGUCUCCAGAUAUUGUGAUGCAGUUCCCAUCAUCCUUGAUCUUUGGCCAUUCUGGUUUGGGCUUUUGGGAGCUGGAGAUUCACACAGCUUGCAAACAUUACUUUAAUGGACCACAUCUCCGAGAAUCCCCAGCUGGCGUAUCAACACUUGCUAUGGGAUUUUGGAAGCUGUGGUUGAAAGACAUAACAUUUCUAAGUGUUGGGAAAGUGACAUUUCCAAGGGGACUAUACAUACUUUACUCUUGCUUCAGGUCUACUAGGGCUGGGAUGGGAAUGAUGUGGCCCUCCAGAUGUUCCCAUCAGCUUUAGUCAACAUAACCAAUGGUAGGGAAUAUUGGGAGUUGGAGUCUAGAAACAUUUUGAAGGCCAUAUCAUUCCCUUCCCUGCUUUAGGAUGCCCUCGGUUCUUCUCUUUCUUAUGCCCAUCUGCCCCCAUGAUUGCCAGAAACCCUAGACUGUUCUAGGCCUAGUAUUUCCAAAACGUCCAUCCCUGGCCUUGAUUGUAGAAGUCUUCUCAGGCCCUAGUUCAAAAGUAACAUCUGAAAACAGGACAAAAAUGGCUUAUUGAGGAUUUUGAAACACAGGGUGGUUUUAUGUUCUGAACACAUAUUGCCUUCCUCGUGAAUUCUUGCUUGUUCAUCUUGGCAUCAACAGAAAAGUCAGCUGAGUUUAGAAAAAUAAACACUUUUUAAACAACCACAUGAAUCCACACAUUAUAUGGAUGGUAGCUGAGAGCUAUCAAAGUUGAGGGAUGUUGGAGAUCUAAGAAGCAGUGGCAAUAGAGAGAUAUAAAAUGGUGCAUGAUAUGAAGAAAGUAAAUGGAUAGAAUUAUUUUUUCUUCACUUCUCAUAACUUUAGAACUCAGCGUCGUCCAAAAGAAACUCUCAAGGUUAGAUGCCAUCUAACCUGUGUAAUCCAUUUUAGCUGUGGAUUUUUUCAUGGCAGAGGGAUGGAUUAUAUGACACUUGAGUUCCUGUCCUGCUCUCUAGUUCUGUAAAACUGAAUGGUAUGCCAACUGGGGCAGAUAAAAAGUUCUUUGCCACAUUGCGAACAGUUACAUUAUGUAACAUCCCUUAAUAAGAGGUGGCAAUGGCUGCCAACCUUAAUAGAAAGGGGAGAGAUUAAAUAAAUCCAUGGGGGAGUCUAUUACUCAUGGUGAUAAUACAGCAAAGGAUGAGGAAACUUUUAAAGCUAUGAAUUCAAAUUUCAGAGAAGUUCUUGGGAGAUACAUUCCAGAGGAGGACAUGGCCAAAGGCAAAAGGGAAUUGACCAAAUGUACAACAUCAUUUACUAAAAACCUCUCUGUGUCAGCAAUUUAGCAUCUUGCUGUAGGCCUUCAAGUCAUUUUUGACUUAUGGUGACGCUAUCAUAGGGUUUUCAUGGGAAGAUUUGUUCAGAGAAGGUUUGCCAUUGCCUCCUUCUCAGGCUUAGAGUAUGUCAGUUGCUCAAGGUGAUCAAGUAGAUCUCUAUGGCCGAAUGAGGAUUCAAACCCUGGUCCUCCAGAGACCUAGCCUGCAUCCAGACUGUAGAAAUAACCCAUCUUGACACCACGUUAACUGCCAUGACCCAUGGGAACUGUAGUUUGUUG